GUCCUAUUCAUCUUCCUCGCUCAGAAAAACAGAUAUCUCUGUGCUUGGAUUCCUUCACUCCAAAAUCGUCGGAGGUUUUUUGUUUUAUCUCUAGCAGUCGCACUAGCAGAGAGUAAUCGAAAAAUCAUCUUCCCACCAAAAAAUGGCGAUUUCUUCCAUCUCUGCUUCGUCGGCAAUCACAUCUUCUUUCGGAACCCCGAAUUCCGUGAGCUACCAUUCCUACUCUUCCAAGCUAUCUUCAAUUUCCUCCGCGACACAGCUUCCGUUCCAGCUGAGACCUAACUGGCUCUCCAAUUCACGGAUGUCGUCCCCCGCCGGACCUUCUCGAAUCCUACCGAAGGUUUCUGCGAAGAAGGAAAGCUUUGCCAACUUGGAUGAGCUGCUGCAGAAGUCAGACAAACCCGUACUGGUCGAUUUCUACGCAACCUGGUGUGGACCGUGUCAAUUCAUGGUGCCAAUUCUGGAGGAAGUGAGCAUCAUCAUGAACGACACAGUCCAGGUGGUGAAAAUCGAUACCGAAAAGUACACCGCCAUUGCUAACCAAUACGACAUCCAGGCAUUGCCCACUUUCAUCCUGUUCAAAGACGGGAAGCCUAUUGAUCGCUUUGAAGGUGCAUUGCCCAGAGACCAACUCAUCCAACGCAUAGAAAGCUCUCUCAGCGUCCAGCAAUCAUAAGCUUCUUUGUCAUCCUUCCAUCCCUUCUUUUUCCCCAUAGAAUGUAGAUCACGAUGAAAGCCAGAAAGACUCUGUAAUUGCUUAUUGAUCGUUACCUAAUGAAACUAUUGGCC